AUGUUCACCUUCAGAUCUCAUAGCCUCCUGGCGGGGCUUGUUAUCCUCGUUGCUCUGGCUUCUCCCGCCUUUGCUUUCGGUGCUGGUAACAUUGCUUCAAUCUCCAAGGUCGAAGGCCAAAACUGGCGCCACGGCGAUAUUACCGAUGCACUCUUGAUCCUUUCGCAGGCUAAGGCCCUCAAUGGCAAGAAGUUCAACAAGAUCAACGUUUCGCGAGUCUACUUUGGAAACUGGCUUCGAGAUUACUCUCAGGCCAUCGAUGUCGGCACCGUCAAGUCUGUCUCUGCUGAGGCCAUCCGUCUUCUUCUCUGUGUUCUCGGUUUCAUGACCUUCGGCUACGGCUCUGGCGAGUUCGAGGUCACCGCCGAGCGACUCGGAUGCUACCGCCCUGAGGAUCACAUCGACAACCCCAAGGACUACGCCGAGAAUGUCGAUGCUCGCCAGUAUGAUGAACGCCUCCGUGGGCCAGUCGACGAGGAUCGAGAACUGGCUAUCGACCCCGAAACAGGAAUGAAGAACUACAUUGCGAACGAGCGUGCACGUAUCAUGACUUCUGCUAGGCACGUCAAGAAGCUCUUUACUGGAACUAUCGAGCUUGGACGUCGAUACAAGGACUCUCAGCGAAAGGCAGACAAGUACGAGGCUCUCCGCCUUAUGGGAACUGGACUGCACUGCCUGGAGGGUCAGUUAUCCCAACUUCUUCGCUCCCUGCGUUGCAAGCUAUUUGGCUUUCUUCCAGCGUUAUACGAAGCUAACUUGUCUGCAGACUUCUUUGCCCACAGCAACUACUGUGAGCUGGCCCUCAUUGAGCUCGGCGAGCGUGAUGUCUUCCCCCAUGUUGGCCGUAACACACAGAUCGAGAUUGAGGGUGCCCGUGGUCCUGUCUAUCCUAUUGUCACUGGCACUUUCGGUGGUGUUGACUUCCUCCACUCAGUUACCGGUGAAGUGUCCGACAAGCUCACUCAGAACGAAAUUGAGGAACUCGAGGGUACUCUUCAGCAGGGUGCCAAGUCUGACACCAGCAUGCUUCGUGAUCUUCUUGAUAAGAUCCCUGAUGGCAUCUUUGGUGAUAAGCACCAGAGUGACCGGGUUGACGAGCUCCAGAACAGUGCUGCUGCUGCUCAGAUGGAGAACACUACUGUGUCUCCUCGUGAUCCCGAGGAAUUCACCACCUACAUCCAGAAUGUCUUUAAGCAAGUUAUGCCUGCUAUUGAAUUCCACGAUGACAUCAUGAAGAGCAUUUCGGGCGCCAUGGAGAAGAUACCUGUGCUGCCCAAGAUCAUUGAGCAACUGGAGGAGCAGCUCUCCGUCUUUAUCUUCUCCAUCAUUGCUCCUUUCAUCGUUCCUCUCAUUCAGCAGAUCCGCAAUGAGCUCAAGACUGGCUCUGAUGAGAUCAUUGCCAGCAGUGAGCGUGAGCAGCACAUUGUCUUCCACGACGAUGAUUCUAGCAACCCCACUCACUCCAUGCUUUCCAAGGAUCAUUUUUCCAACAUCUUGAACGAGAUUGCUGGCCGAAACGCUGCUGCUGUGGUGCAAUGGGUUGUUCCUCAGCUCAUGGACGCCAUCGAUGACGAGAGUGUCGACGUGGAUAGACUCCUCGAUGACAUCGUCAACGGUGUGAUGCAUCAUCCUGCUCAGCGUGACCUCGGAAACCGCAAGGUUCAAGAGGGUCGUCGCCGCUCCUACGAAGGUGUCAAGGAGUGGUGGAACAACAUGGGCGACCGCCAGCGUGAUGAUUACCGCCAGAAGCUGACCCGUGAAGGCGUUCAGAAUGGUGAGAACCACAAGGAGGGUGUCGUCGACACUGGUCACGGCCACGGAUGUGCUGGCAAGCUUCAGAUGCGAAAGCUGUACGGCGGUGGCCCUGAGACCCUCGAGGACAAGAUUGCUGGCGCUGCGGCCGAUGCUAUCUUUAAGGGUGCUACCGGCGCUAUCUCUGGCAUGGUUGAGCAGAACACCGGCUACAAGAUGCCCUCUUCUUCCCGUAAGGAGGAGAAGGAGGAGGGUGGUCUCAGCGGCUUCCUCAGCCAGGCUGGAUCCAUCCUUGGCGGUGCUUUCGGCAGUGACGAGACUAAGAGACAGUCCAGCGGUCACCGCGAGGAUGAUGGCUCCUACACUAGAACUGAAGUAGAGUAUGGUCGUCACGGUGAUCGCUACGGCCAGGCUGAGUACUCUCAGACACAGCGCCCUGAUGGCAGCCAGCAGUCAGAGUACCGUCGAUACGAGCAGCAAGACUCCUCGGACGGCCGCCACACUGGUGGCUACGGCUAUGAAGAGCGAACCGAGACUCACCAGAGUUACUCUGGAGGCUACGAGCAGCGCACUGAGCGACAUGAGUACCACGGCUCAACUGAGGGCCACGGCCGUCGUCGUGAUGAUGAUGACGGUGGCUACGGUGGUCGUCGUCACGACGAAGGCGGCUAUGGUGGCGGCAGCAGCUACGGCCGACAGGAGGAGAGCAGCUAUGGCGGAAACGGUGGUUACGGUCGCCAAGAGAGCAGCUACGGUGGCAACAGCAGCUAUGGACGUCAAGAGGAGAGCAGCUACGGCCGCCAAGAGCAAAGCAGCUAUGGUGGAGGUUACGGAGGAAGCCAUGAACGCCGCGACGAGGGCGGCUAUGGUGGUAGCAGUGGUGGUUACGAGCGUCGUGAAGAGGGCGGAUAUGGCGGCAGUGGUGGCUAUGAGCGUCGAGAGGAGAGCGGCGGUCACAGCCGCCGUGAGGAGGGUGGAUACGGAGGUGAUAACUACGGGCGCCGAGACGAAGGUGGCUUUGGCGGAGGCUCUGCUGAUGAGUAUAUUCGCCAGAGCCAGGGAGGCCAUGGACGUGAGCGUCGUGGCAGCAACGAAUACGGCGAUAAUGGCUAUGGUGGUGACCGACGUUGGUAA